CAACUUAGAUUAGUGUAAAUAAAGCAUGCUGGAGACUUGUGCUACAGUUGUUUCAUAGGAAAGGGAAGGAGAAACAGUCAGUUUAGUUCAGCGUGGAGAAGGAUGGAUCUCAAACUCAGUCGUUCUGUGAAGCUGAAUGAUGGACACUACAUACCAAGGCUUGGAUUCGGCACUAUAGUUCCUAGAGAUGCUCCAAAAAGCAAGGCUUUUGAAUUCACCAAAGUAGCCAUUGAGGCUGGCUUCCGUCACAUAGAUGCAGCAUUCGCAUAUGAAAAUGAGAAGGAGGUUGGUGCAGCUAUUCGUGAGAAGAUUGCUGAUGGGACUGUGAAGAGAGAGGACAUAUUCUACACUACCAAGCUUUGGGCUACAUGCUUUCGCCCAGAAUUGGUUCGUCCAACCCUGGAAAGACAACUGAAACAACUUCAGAUGGAUUAUGUUGAUCUUUUCCUGGUACAUCUUCCAACACCUAUGAAGCCUGGGGAUGCAAUUCUACCGAUGGAUGACAAAGGGCAAGUUAUUGCAGAUACUGUGGACCUUCGUGACACAUGGGAGGCUGUGGAGAAGUGCAAAGAUGCAGGUUUAACCAAAUCCAUUGGGGUGUCCAACUUCAAUCGCAAACAGCUGGAAAUGAUACUGAACAAGCCAGGACUCAAGUAUAAGCCCACCUGCAACCAGGUGGAAUGCCAUCCUUACUUCAACCAGAGUAAACUUCUGGAAUACUGCAAGUCCAAGGACAUUAUUCUUGUUGCUUAUGGUGUCUUGGGAUCACCAAGAGAUCCAAUGUGGAAUAAUGUGAGUAUUCCACCUCUCUUGGAAGACCCCGUCUUGAAUGCCAUUGCCAAGAAACACAAUCGCACACCAGGUCAGGUUUCCCUGCGCUACCUUCUGCAGCGAGGGGUGGUAGCCCUGGCCAAAAGCUUCAAUGAGAAGAGAAUCAAAGAGAAUCUUCAGGUGUUUGAUUUUGAACUGACUGCAGAGGACAUGAAAGAACUCGACGGCAUCAACAAAAAUGUUCGAUACUAUGAUAUGCCAUUUGCUCGUAAUCACCCCAAUUAUCCAUUCUUGGAAGAAUACUGACCAUGAAGCAUGGGGACAUUGAUACCAGACUAUUCUCAACCUAGACAUUGUAGAAAGGAUGUGUCUGUUAGAUGUGACUGAAAAGCAGUAAUUGCCUUGUCAUAUUAUACACUAAUGAAUUUUUAAAUAUGAGCUUGCCUGAUUAUUAAAAUAAAUGAUAUGCAAGUGUUGGAAU